UUUAGAAAAGAGAACCAAAUGAAUCCAUUUUUUGAGAUAUAAAUAAAUAGUUUUGAAAGAUUGGUUUGAAUUCAUAUAAAUAAUGGUUAAGGUAACUAUAGUUGGAAGGGUAAGUGAUGGAUUACCUCUAGCACGAGGACUAAGAUAUUGGAAUGAAGAAAAUGUCUAUCUUUCACGUUAUACACAACAAGCAGAGUUUAUUCUCCAAGAAAUUUCAAGAGGAGCAUUGAAAGCUUCCAUGAUGACCAUUCUCAUUGAUCAUCACUGCAUCAACUACUUGAUAGAGAAUGGAGUUGUUUACAUUGUUUUGUGUGAGUCCACGUACCCAAGAACACUGGCAUUUCAUUACCUACAAGACAUACAAAAAGAGGUUGAGAAGUUUGAUGAAACUCUCCUACGCAAAAUCACAAACCCAUAUAGCUUUGUCAAACUCGAUGGUAUAAUUGCAAAUUUCAGUAGACAAUACACUGAUACAAGAACUCAGGUCAACCUAUUUAAGCUUCAUGACAAUAAGAAACAAGAGCUAAAUAUUGUUACAGAAGAAAUGUGCAACAUUUUUCAAAGGAAGAGAAAUUCAGAAAUAAUGAGAAGGUUGGCAGUUACUCCUCAACUUGAAUCCACAAUUUGGUGUUCCCCACGCCUUGAGGUGAUUGCUAUGAAAUGGACGCCUAUUUUGGUAACGGGCAUUACUUCAAUUGCUCUUCUAUGGGUUUCCUUAGAACUUCAAGAAGGCUGUAUUAUUUGAGGCUGAUGAGAAUCCCUCUGUCCAAGAUUAAUGAUGAUGAUUUAAUUACUCCAAAUAGUGAAACUUCAAUAGUAGAAAGACUUUAUGGCCCACUAGUACUGAAUAUGUUACAACUUUGAUUUUGGAAAGACACAAAAAUAUUUGUAUGGGCCACUCAAAUCCCUUCCCCAUCAGGCCACCACAUGAGAUAAUCUUGCAAUUUCAGAAAUGGAGAAAGAUAAAAAGUUGUUGGA